AUGUCUGAAUCCAAUGAUAUGCAAGUGGAUCAACAACUGACCCAACAACAGCAGCAACCUCAACAAAUAAUUCAACAACCUCAACCUCAAUAUAGUAAUCUACAACCGCAAUCACAACAGCAACAGCAACAGCAACAGCAACAGCAACAUCACCACCAUCAUCAUCAUCAUGGACACCACCACCAUAAGGAUCAAAAUGCCAAUACUGCCAACUACAUUGGGAAAUAUCAGGUACUUAAAACACUUGGUGAAGGAUCAUUUGGUAAAGUCAAAUUAGCCCAACAUACAGUUACUGGUCAAAAAGUUGCCCUCAAGAUCAUUAAUCGUAAAACCCUAGCCAAGUCAGAUAUGCAAGGUAGAAUUGAACGAGAAAUUUCGUAUUUACGUUUAUUAAGACAUCCUCAUAUUAUUAAACUUUAUGAUGUUAUAAAAUCCAAAGAUGAUAUCAUAAUGGUUAUUGAAUAUGCUGGUAAAGAGUUAUUUGAUUAUAUUGUUCAACGAGGUAAAAUGCCUGAAGAUGAAGCUAGACGGUUUUUCCAACAAAUUAUUGCUGCUGUUGAAUAUUGUCAUCGACACAAGAUUGUCCAUCGAGAUUUGAAACCGGAAAAUUUGUUAUUAGAUGAUCAAUUGAAUGUUAAAAUUGCUGAUUUUGGUUUAAGUAAUAUUAUGACUGAUGGUAAUUUUUUGAAAACUAGUUGUGGUUCUCCUAAUUACGCUGCACCUGAAGUUAUAUCUGGUAAAUUAUAUGCUGGACCUGAAGUUGAUGUUUGGUCAGCUGGGGUUAUCUUAUAUGUGAUGUUAUGUGGUAGAUUACCAUUUGAUGAUGAAUUUAUUCCUGCAUUAUUUAAAAAGAUUAGUAACGGGGUUUAUACAUUGCCUAGUUAUUUGAGUUCAGGAGCUAAACAUAUUUUGACAAGAAUGUUGGUGGUCAAUCCAUUGAAUAGAAUUACUAUACAUGAAAUUAUGGAAGAUGAAUGGUUCAAACAGGGUAUGCCUGAUUAUUUAUUACCACCAGAUUUAUCCAAGAGUAAACAUAAAAAGAUUGAUAUUGAUGAAGAUGUUAUUAGAGCUUUGAAUGUAACAAUGGGAUAUGAUCGUGAUGAAAUUAUCAAUAUAAUUGAGAAAUGUAAUAAACAUUCAUCACCACAACUGCAAAAGAAUGAAAUAUUGGAUGCUUAUUUAUUAAUGAAGGAGAAUCACUCAUUAGUUAAAGAUUUGAAGAAAUCAAAACUGGAUAAUGUUGAUAGUUUCUUGAGUUCUUCACCACCUCCAACAUCAAGUUUGGGUAGUGAUAAUGGUGCAGGGGGGUCUACUGAAACAUCAGCAGGUAGAAAUGUUGAUAAUGUGGGAGGCGCCACUACAGGUGGUAACUAUCCUUCACAUCCAGCAACCAGUUCAGCACCAGGAGUUCAACAAUCGUUAACGUAUCAAACAUUGGCGGGUGUACCUGAUCUAUCGCAGCUUCCUAAUUCAACAAUUGCCAUAUUACCAACUAGUUUACCAUCGAUUCAUCGAGCAUUUAUGAGUGAACACCAAGCAAACCCACAACAACAAUAUCAACCCACACCAACUAAGAAAUCUAAAACUAGAUGGCAUUUUGGUAUAAGGUCAAGAUCAUAUCCUUUGGAUGUAAUGGGAGAAAUAUAUCGUGCAUUGAAGAAUUUAGGUGCUGAAUGGGCGAAACCUACAGAAGAGGAGUUAUGGACUAUACGAGUUCGUUGGAAAUAUGACGUCAACACGAACACCACAAGUGAUGAAGCACAAAGUAGAACUCCCAAUUUGAUGAAGAUGCAAAUACAAUUAUUUCAAUUAGAGCCCAAUAAUUACCUAGUUGAUUUUAAAUUUGAUGGAUGGGAACUGGAAGAGGACCAAGCAGGAAUAAGUAAUAAUGAAGAAAAGAGUGCAGUUAGAGAUCCUCAUAGACAUCAAGAUUUGGAUGAAGUUGGUAGUUUUUCAGCAUACCCUUUCUUGCAUUUGGCUACUAGAUUAAUUAUGGAAUUGGCCGUUAAUAGUCAAAGUGCAUAG